CCCUGCAUUCCUCCUCUUCUUCUCACAGUUCACCAACAGAUCUCUCUGCUGCCCCUCCAAACCAACAUUGUCCACUGUUCAUAUAAAGAAAUUCUGGGCUUCGCUUGAGGGUCUUCGCUGCUGCCGCUCGCUCUCUCUAGUUUCUUCUUUUUCGGUAUUCAAAGGAGGAGACUUUGGAUGGGUUCGUUGAAAAUGCACAGUUUUGGUAUCCGAUUCUGUUUUUGGUUCAAUCGGAUUUGUCAUUGAAAACACACCCAGAUUCAACGUUCGGUUCUUUUUUUAUCCUCUGACCAAAACUUGAUCUGGGUUUUGAAUUUUCCCUGCCUUUUUUCCAAUUGGGGGGUUUUUUAUGUCCAUUUGAUUGGAAUCUUCUUUUUUGCUUUGACGACCCAUCUCAAAUUCUCCUCGACUGUUUCUGUAUUUAGAAUCAUCAAGCUUUGUGUAAGAGAGCGAGCAGGUGCGUAAAAUCCUUUUUUUUUUGUUCAAUGGCUGAAUCAAAGAACAGUGGCAAGUCCAAGAAGGGUUUCCAUGAAACCCAAAUGAUGAAUUUGGAUAUUGACAAACUUGAUCUUCGGUUGGAGAGUCAGCAAUGGAAGCCAGUUUUUGAUGAAGCUUCCGGGUCACAGAGACCUCUAAAGAAGAUUUGUAGCCCUAAAGGCCAAGGCCUAAUUCAACCCUCUGUUUCUUCCUCUGCUUCAGCUAGUUCAGUGUCUUCUUCUUUGACUCCUUCACGGCUUGCAUUUCCUUUCGCUAUUGAAGGGUCACAGCAACAACCACCUCUUCAGUUUCCUCAACAACAACAGCUCAUGGGGUAUCCGCCACUUCAUUUGACACCAACUCAGCAACAACAGAUGAUUUCUUUUGAUCCAAAUCAACAACAACAGCAGCAGCAGCAGCUCGGCGGGUAUUCGCCAUUUUUCGCUGGUGAUCCGAUGUCCCUUCACCAACAGCAGCAUCAGCAACAAUUGGUUCAGUAUUGGAGUGAUGCACUGAAUUUGAGUCCAAGAGGUAGAAUGAUAAUGAUGAACAGGUUGGGGCAAGAUGGGAGGCCAUGGUUUAGGCCACCGGUGCAGCCUCUAAACACAACCAAGCUUUACAGGGGAGUGAGACAGAGGCAUUGGGGAAAAUGGGUUGCUGAGAUUCGUCUUCCUCGCAAUCGGACUCGCCUUUGGUUAGGCACAUUUGAUAGAGCUGAAGAUGCUGCCUUAGCCUACGAUCGCGAGGCUUUCAGGUUGAGAGGAGAGAACGCUAAGCUCAAUUUCCCUGAACGUUUCCUUAAUAAAGAUAAAGCACCAUCCACUGCUCCAAGUUCAACAGUGUCCUCUCCACCAACUCCACAUCAAAGCAGCAAUCCUGAACUGCCCCAACAAGCACAAGAAGUCCUGCAAUUGGAGUCUAUUAAGACAGAAACAAUGCCACCACCGUAUCAGCCUUGGCUGGAUAAUCCCGAGAACGAUUCAGGAUUAGGGUCAAGCGAGGCUACUGCGAACGAUGAUGUUCACGAAGUUGCAGAGGGUUCUGGUGCAGGGGUAGGUGCUUCAGGGUAUCAAGAGAUGAUGUGGGGAGAAAUGGCAGAGGCAUGGUAUAAUGCAAUUCCAGCAGGUUGGGGUCCAGGUAGUCCUGUUUGGGAUGAUUUGGACACCACUAACAAUCUUUUAUUGCAAUCACAUCUUCCAUUUGUCAAUCCAAAUCAAGAGGAGAUUAAUUUUCCUGAUCUCCAGAGGCAGCAUGACAACAUGGGCUCAACUUCUUCUUCUUCUUCUUCUUCAUCUUCUAUCUGUCCCAUGAAGCCUUCCUUCUGGAAGGAUCAAGAUUGAUUUUCUCCACAUAUUAUCACAUUUGCAAGUGGUAAGAUUUCCUUUUCCAGGUUUCAGGUUCUUCAGGCAACCCAAUCAGUCCUACCUUUUAUCACUCACUGGUAGCAGAUUUUUCACUGGACAACCUGUGAUUCGUUUGAAGCUUCACUCCACCUGCUGCAAAGAAGGCUGCAUAUUUCAGGCCUUGAAGCAGUUACAAGCUAGCUCAUAGUUUACACAGUAGAGUGUCUGUUAUAUCUUCAGUUGCAUUAGAUCUUGUUUGUCUGUUUUCCUAGUAUAUGUUAGAGAUGUAGUGCUAGGACCAGCAUAGAGUGAGACAGUUUUGUGUUCUCUCUCUUCAUUGGUCUGUCCAUCACUAGCUUUGUUUUUUUUAGCUUGGAGGAUGGAAUCAAGUUGUAGGUUUUGUGUUAUCUAUCUUUGUAACUUUCUAUUUAUGCUGAUGUUCAUUUCACCUCAUUUAUGAACUUUGCCCUAGAUGGAAUGUAUGCAUUGCAUUCUGUGCUUAAGUGCUGUUUUGCUUGAGAAACUAAAAGUCCGUUUGGUUUGGUUUGGUU